AUGUAUGUGCGGCAAUGUGUCCGUUUUCUGGUGAUUCAUAGCUUCACUGUGGAGGUCUUGGAGCAGAUCAUAGGCUGGAUCUAUUUCUUGGCCUGGUCUGUGUCCUUUUAUCUACAAGUGUUUGAGAACUGGCGAAGGAAAAGCGUUGUGGGACUGAGUUUUGAUUUUUUGGCAUUGAAUCUCCCUGGUUUCAUUGCAUACAGCGUUUUCAAUGUUGGGCUGUUCUGGAUAUCAUACAUUAGGGCAGUGGGUCUCAACUCGUAUCCCAACGGAGUCAUCCCAGUGGAUUCAAAUGACGUUUUUUUCAGCCUCCAUGCGGUGCUGCUUACGAUCAUUACUAUCAUUCAAUGCUGCAUUUACGAAAAAGUUUCCAAAGUAGCCACCGGCCUCCUUGUCAUUGCCUGGUUAUUUGCUUUCAGCAUGCUGAUUGUGGCCGAGGUUGGGAAGGUCACGUGGCUGCAGUUCUUAUUCUGCUUCUCGCACAUUAAGUUGGCCAUUACGCUCAUGAAGUACUUCCCUCAGGCUUACAUGAACUUCCGUCAGAAAAGCACUGAAGGAUGGAGUAUCGGAAAUGUUCUGCUAGAUCAGGGCUCGACAAAUCCCAGAUACAAACAAUUUAGGACAAAAUAUGGGACUAUCCCUUUAAAAUCAUCUGGGACACUUAGCAUCAGUAGUGAUAUCAUGAAGAGAAAAUACUGUGACAUCACAAUGACAAGCACCGAUAACUGCUGCAAGAUUUCAUCAUCUACAGACACAUCUGAGGCUGUGACGGUGCUUCACCUGCAUGAAGGGUUUGUCUGCAGACAUGGAGCUUUAAUACAGAUCCAGCCUUACAAUCUCCCAAGAGGCAGGACAAUCCUUCAAGGCAUGGACCCAGAGGCUUCGUGA